AUGGGGAUCAAGCGCUCACACCGCGAUUCCUCGUCAUCAGACAGCACACCCUACUCGCGUGAGACAUCGGCCGACGUCAAGAUUGUCCACUUAGAUACCGAAUCUGCCGUCUCUGACGAACCCAUCAUCAUGAAGUGCUCACUGCCUCCGCACGAACCGCUUGCGUUCAAUUCGAUUGAAGACCACGAUGUGCACUAUCAGCAAGUUCACAUGAACCGAUGCAGCGAAUGCCACAAGAACUUUCCGGAUCAGCACUUUCUACAUCUGCAUAUUGCAGAAUAUCACGAUCCCAUCAAUGCUGCCAAGCGAGACCAGGGAGAGAAAACGAAGCUCAACGAUGAGCUCGGUGAGUGGCGCUGCCAGUUCUCCACGGAGGCGGAGAGGUGA